AUCGACUCCACUGUUGUUUUGUAAACGAAGAAGAACCUCCUGCUAGAAACAGCUGUAGUGUAGCUUAAAGUCUCAUAGUCACAGUGUAUUCAGCCACGAAAACAUGAAGAAAUUUUCUUGUUAAUAGUUAGAAAGGACAGAAAAAGUAUAAAUAUUUCGCUUGUAGCCUUUUGUUGUUACUGAAACUUAAAGAUAUUGUAUAUUACAGCCUUUAGCCAUUAGCUUCGCAGCUUGCUGGUUCAUUUAGCUUACUUAGCUAGCUGUCACGGAGGAGGGGGUUGUUUUGUUCUCUGUUAUAGCGGCUGUUUCUUUAAUAACACAUGAGUGUGUCUCUGGUUGUGAUCCGUCUGGAACUCGCCGACCAGUCUCCUUUUCCUGAAGGUUUCCAGUACUCUGCUGGUGAGUUUGAACCUCUUUUAUUUAAUAACGUUAAAGUUUGAAUUAGCCCAGCAGGAGAAGGAGGAGGAACUGAGGAGGACUCGGUACUCUGUCAAAGUGGAUCUGUUAUCAGAAACUAACCUCUGUGUGGUUAAAUGUGUGCUGUCUGCUCCUCUUCUUCUUGUCUGCAGUGGAGGGUAUGUCAGAGGAGGACCUGCAGGAGAAAGCUCUGGGUUUAGCUAAACACAGUCUGGGAGGAAAAACCGAUCUGGAGAAAGCUGCGGUCCUGCACCAGCACAUCGGCAGCAGAGCUAUGGGAGACAUGGUCAUAGAAACCUUUGAGCCCAGCCCAGGUGAGUCCAACCCUUCAGAAAAAACGUUUUCAGUGUUCUGAAAAACAUGCACUGAUAAAUCGGCCAGCCGGCCGAUCGAUCGGCGCCGAUUUCCUUGAUUUUCAAACCUUGUGAUUUCCUUUAUUUGUAAAUGCAUGAUACUGCUGUGCACCUUUUUUUUUUUUUUGUUAAGAGGAGCAACAAGUCUGACCUGUAUAUGACCAAGUAUUGUUAAUUUUUAAAAUGUGGAAAAUAAAAGACUUGAUGAACUGAUAUAAUGUAGUAGUUUGGACACCAAUAUUCGAAACUUUUCAUUUAUAUUUGAGAGAACGACCUCAUGUGCAAUUAAAACAAACAAAAAGUUUGUAUUGUUCCACAAGUAUUGUUCAAUGUUUUUCAUUAACAUAAGAUUGGAGCAUCAAAGGUGUAUGUUGUCAGUUAUAAAAAUAAAAAUCGAUAUUGGCAGGUCAAGCUUUUUUAAAGACAGGUGAUCGGACAGAAAUUUGUGAUCGGUGUCUCUGGGAUCAAACUUUAAAACUCGUUUCUGAUGUGUAGAUAAGGGUGGAGGUGAAGACCCCAGUGGCCCAGGUGAUCAGAACAGUGACCCCCAGGCUCCUCAGACUCAAGCAGAAGGUCAGGAGGUCACAGAGGGGUCACAGGACAGCGGUGAGAAGACAGGCGCCGCUCCAGAUUCUCCAUCCAAACAGCUCCCGGAUCAGAUUUCCUUCUUCAGCGGGAACCCGUCAGUGGAGAUCAUCCACGGGAUCAUGCACCUCUACAAAACCAAGUGAGUCCGACCUAGCUGACAUGGUUUUCAAUCAAUCAACAAACUUUAUCUUUAAAGCUCUUUUCAUACAUAGAAUGUAGCACAAAGUGCUGUCCAUUCACGCAGGAUAUUAAAAAACAAUAAAAUAAAAUAAAUACAAAUACCAAACCCCAUUCAACACAUACAGCGCUCACACGCUCACACACAGAGAUACACACACAAAAGACCAGAUGAGGACUCUUCAACUUGCCAGAGAUGACUGAGGAAAUGCUACCUUGAGUUAAAAAAGAUGAGGAAACACUGGAUCUAGGACUAAAACAAUAAAACCAUGUUAAAUAUAAUAAAGGUGAUAAAACGUUAAAAGUUAAUGAAAUAAAAGUCUUAAAAUCAAACAAUAACAGAAAGUAAAUUUAAAAAGAGGUAAUGCAGAUGAAAAUAUUAAAACAAAGUUCAAGCCAGACUAAAAAGGUCGGUCUUUAAUUUACUUAAAAAAAUAUGAACAGUAGGUGUCGCUCUCAGGUCUGCAGGUAGGCUAUUCCACAGAUGGGGACCGUAAUAUUGGAACGAUGAUUCACCAUAUGUUUUAGUUUUUACUUUGGGAAUAAUUAAAAGGCCAUCACCUGAAGACCUGAACUUUAAAAAGCUUCAAAAACUCAUCGCCUCAGAGGUUCUCUAUCAUCUUAGCUCUCGAUCUGUUGUUGCAGUAAAAUGACGUCUCUGACUGAAGACGUGCGACGCAGCGCCAUGGUUUGUAUCCUCACCGUUCCAGCGACCAUGACCAGCCAUGACCUCAUGAAGCUGAUGGCGCCUUUUAAUGACGUCAUGGAGCACAUGAAGAUCAUACGAGACUCCACCCCGAACCAGUACAUGGUUCUGAUCAAGUUCUGCACACAGGUGAGACCUCGGUGCUGCUGUGGUUAGAGAUUCUCCUCUGUUUGUUUACCAAAGUGAUUUAUUUUUACUGACUUCAUCUGAGGCGGUUUUGGAUUGAAUUAAUUACAGUUAAAGGGAUAUUCCGGCCUAAAAUUAUUUUAGGGUUGAACACACCGAGUUAGACACCACCUCGAGAGAUGAAUGUUGCCGACCGCUUGCUUCUCUAGUUAUACCAACUUUAGUAAUGACCGCAGGACAGCAAUACACAGCUGUCUGAGGAGCCAUAAACAAACCUCAACCAAAACGCCACUCUAUAGCCACAAAUAAUGCUCAGAAUAGCACCUAACUUCAUCAACAGUACAUAUAGGGUCCUAACCAUAGUACGAGCCAUCAAACAUCUUUUUAACUUGGUCUGAAAUCCUUAGCAAGGAGACUAAACACAACUCACCUACUCUCUUCCAGCAGCCGCUUGUUUGUAGCGAGACCUCAGGCCAGUCCAUUACGGACUACAGCGGGGUGACGCAGCUCAAGGAAGAACAUUUAUGAUCAUUUCUCCAUGGAAAUGCAAUCAGACUGAGACGCUAAGACAGAAGAACUACCAUGUCUGUAGUGCAAAAUGAUUAAUAUGGUGAUUAUUACUUCAAGGAAAUGAUAAAGAAAUAAUCAUAAAUGUUCCAAAUGUUCCUUCAGUAAAACACCGUGCUGGUUUGAAGAAGAAGAAGAGAGCGGUCAAUGAAAUCAUUUUUGUGGUCUUUUUUCUCUGACUCGACACAAACACAGUGUCAUUUCUCAGCUGUGCACUUUGGAGUCCUGUCAUGUAAAUGUAGUUUGUGGAGCAUAUUUCAGAGUUCAGGUCAAUAUUUAACUUUUGUCUUCUCUCUCUCUCUUUGUUCAGGCAGACGCAGACAGUUUUUACACAGCCUGUAAUGGCCGCCAGUUCAACUCCAUAGAGGAGGCCGUGUGUCAGCUGGUUUAUGUGGAGCGGGCCGAGGUCAUCAAGUCUGAGGAGGUAAAUCAAACGCUCUGGGGGGUGUGUCUGUAAAUAUCUCUGUCUUGAGGUCGUUUUGGCGGGUUAGAGUUUUGGCUGUCGCUUGCAUGUGAUGAUGUCACUUUUGAUGUUUGUAUUAUGACCUCAUUAUGACGCAUUAACACCACAUUAAACCUGAUCAGUUUAAAUUAUUCGUCUGAAUCCUUGCACUCUGCAGUCUUGGUCUGUGAUGGCUGCUGUAACCCAACACUGCUGCAGCACUUUGGGGCGCAGUUUCCUGUCUCUUACCCUCCUCCUCCAUCUCCUCCUCUUCCUCUACUUCUUCUUCUUCUUCCUCCACCUCCUCCUCAGGGAGCCAGUCUGCCGGUGAUGGAGCUGACCGAGCUGCCAAAGUGCACCGUGUGCCUGGAGAGGAUGGACGAGUCAGUGAACGGCAUCCUCACCACUCUGUGCAACCACAGCUUCCACAGCCAGUGUCUGCAGCGCUGGGAGGACGCCUCGUAAGUCACAAAGACACACCAUCAGACAUUUCUGCUCUUUAGAUUAUGUUAUGCUCUUUCUCUUUCAUUUUCUGCUCUUCAGAUCAUCUCAUGGUUUUAAUUUUGAGACCUCUGAUUAGAGAGAAAAGCAUUUCUGACCUCUUUUCUACAUGUGACUCAAACCUCACUGCUGUCAGGAUUCUUCGGUUCGUCUUAUCUGCUCUAUGAAAGCAACAGUUCAUGAGAAUCUGAGUCUAGAAACAGGAGCCAGGUCUGUGUUUGACUUAAACCGCCAGGUGGAUCAGAUUUGGAGUCGAGUGGAGAACAUCUCCAGCCAAUCACUUCUGGAGUUUUUGAAAUCAUGUUACUUUGUUUUUAACUCUUCACUGGCUGGAUAGUUAGACUUCAGGAUCCUGGGUUCUCCAAGAGUUAAGAUGAGGUAGAACUGAAUGACAGCCCAGCUCACCACAGAGUGUCUAAAAAGAUCUGUUUUUUUGGACUGAAGUGGACCAGGAGACCUUUUUUUAGAUCACCAGGUUAAAGGGAUAUUCUGGUGUAAAAUUAAUUUGUGGUCAAACACACCGUAACACCAAGUUAGACACCCUGUCGAGAGAUGAAUUUUGCAGACCGCUUGCCUCUCUAGUCAUACCAACUUUACUAACGACCACACGAUAGUAAUCCACAGUGGUCUGAGGAGCCAUAAACAAACCUUAACCAAAACGCCUUAAACAAUGCUUAGUCAUUAUUUAUUGGAUAUGCAAUCAGACCGAGACACUAAGGCAGAAGAACUACCGCAUCUGCAGUGCAAAAUGAUUAAUAUAAUGAUUACUACUUCAAGGAAAUGAUAAAGAAAUGAUCAUAAAUGUUCUUCCUUGAGCUGCGUCACCCCACUGUAGAGGUCUCGCUACAAACAAGCGGCUACUGGAAGAGAGAAGGUGAGUUGUGUUUAGUCUCUUUGCUAAAGAAAUUAGUCAAAGCUAAAAAGAUGUUUGGUGGCUAGUGCUGUGGCUAGGAACCUAUAUGUACUGUUGAUGAAAUUUUUACUUUAAAAAAGUAACAACAAAUUAAUUUUACGCCAGAAUAUCCCUUUAAGACGAGAUACUUGAGCUCCUGUAACUCACUGUCUUUGAUUUGAAGGUCUCUGGGCUGGAACAGUGGGACCUUUGUGGUACCAGGUGUGCUCAAAUCCCCCUCAAGGUUCUACGCCUGGCAGCGACCUCACCAAAUAUGAUUGGCUGUUAGUUUUAAUGAUGUUUCACUCUGAUAGGCUGGAGAGUUUUAGGAUGUCGUUUUUACGGUCUUAAACAUACAGGGUUAUUAGUACGUGUAUGAUGAGAAAGUAAAAUCAGAGCCAGGGGGAGUUGUAAUUGGUUAGGGUUGGGUGUGUGUGUGUGUACAGGCCAAAAGUUUGGGAGCAAGAUCAGAUUUGUACAAAAAAGAUCAUAGUUUCAUAUAUAUAAUUUGCAACACAAUAAACAUGACUAUUGUGUAAAGAGCAACUUAUCAGAAGACAUUUUGACUAUAAUUAUUAAGUAUUUGAGUUAUUGAUGCUUAGACUUUGCUUUCUUUAAAGUAACCUCCUCUGGUUUUAACAACAGCUUGGCAAGUACCAGGCAAAAAAGAGAACACCUUCAUCUUCUUUUUUGUCUAGGUAACCCUGACAGAGCUUGGCAGAAUGCUUAGGGUCAUUGGCCCUCAUUUAUCAUCUUGCACAGAUCUGAGCGCAGGAUUCAUCCUGCGAUAGGACACACGUGAGAUUUAUGAAAGGGUUUGUAUCUGACCAAUCCCAGCGUACGUAUGAUGGGAUCUUGAUAAAUGCGGCGGCUGAAAUCGAUCAUCAUUAACAUGUUGACGCCCUUGAAUAUUCGUGGUUCUGAAGCCUCGCCCACUGAGGUCAAAAAUGAAAGAGGAGAAAAAUUAGAAAGAUUCAAAACUUUUUCGGGCUGAAAGUAGAUAUCCUCACAUCUGUGGUGGAAACUAACAAGGAUUUUCUCUUUGGAAGCAUCAAAACUGGUACCAGAAAACUCCUGUCUGGAGCAGGAUUAUGGUGGCGCUGAACAGCGCUGCCAUGGAAUAGCGGACAGUGGCUGAAGUUUGAAUAAAUCAUCAGACAAUAAGUUGCUCAUGAUGAUAAAUUAAUAUCUCAUACAUGCCUUAUAUUUUUUAUUGCCAUGACAUAGGGUACGUUGCUCCUUUUACUGAAAGUAUUUAGUUUUAAUUUGUUGCGUCUUUGUAAUGUAGAGCAGACUGGAGAGUCUGACAGAGGCUCAACAAAAAUAAUUAUUAACGUCACCAAACGGUGUGUUGCUGCCCCUGAGGUACAUUUUAUGGAUUUCUAUUGGAUUUUAUCACUGAUUAAUUAGCAAGAGCACUUUCUAAACUUAUACUUUACAUGUCAGAAUCCAUCAAUAAGGUCCUGUCUCCUCUGUACAGCACCUUUACGGAGUCUCUCCUUGUUAUUGUUCUCUGGGCAUCGGGUCCUCACGUUGCACCGGCACAGCCAACGGCACUCCAUUCGCCAGUGCAACAUUGUGCAAAACUGUACUGGCUGAAAUGAUGUCCCACACCCUUUCAGGAGUGUACAACAAUGUCCCAGUACAGAUUUGUACAUUGAGGAAAGAAGGAUACACAGAAAGAGAAAUAGCAAAACGCCUAAAGGUGUUUAACGAAGGAGUCCACUACACUCUGAAGAGACUAGAGGAACCUGGAAGUUAUGAUGAUAGAAAAAGGCCUGGACGAAAGAGAGUUACUAAAAAAGCAGAGGAUAAACAUAUCAUUGUCACCAGUGAGAGAGAUCGGUGAAAGACAGCACCACAAAUAAGGGAGGAAAUCAACAUGACAAGGUCGAAACCCAUAUCUCUGACAACCGUGAAAUGAUGUUUGAGAAAGGCUGGUCUGAAGGGUUGUGUAUCUGCAAAAAAACACUACUUCGUCCACAGAACAAGAAAAAGAGAUAUGAGUGGGCAAAAGCUCACAAAAAUUGGACCUAUGAUGACUAGAAACAAGUUUGCACUGUUUGGUUCAAAACGCAGAGUCUAUGUCCGCAGACAAACUGGUGAACGUCUGAAAGCACCAUGUGUUACACCCACAAUUCAGCAUGGAGGUGGUAGUUCCAUGGUAUGGGGAUGUUUUGCAGGUGAUGGAGUAGAAGAUUUGUUUGACGUAAAGGGUAUCAUGAAGAAGGAACAGUACCACUCCAUCCUCCAGCACCAUGCUGUUCCAUCUGGACUCAGACUUGUGGCUCAUAAGUUUGUUUUGCAGCAAGACAAUGACCCUAAGCACUCUGCCAAGCUCUGUCAGGGUUACCUGGACAAAAAAGAAGAGGAAGGUGUUCUUCAAAAGAUGGUUUGGCCCCCUCAGUCUCCAGACCUUUCUUCAAUAGAGCUUGUGCGGGAUGAAUUGGAUCAAUCGGUCAGAAAAACGCAUCCCACAAAUCAGCAGUCUCGUUUUAAUGAACUUAAGAAAGCUUGGAAUGCAAUCCCUGGAACAUACCUUAAAAAACUUGUGGAACAAAUGCCUGGUAUAUGCCAAGCUGUUGUUAAAGCCAGAGGAGGUUACUUUAAAGAAAGCAAAGUCUAAGCAACAAUAACUCAAAUACCUAAUAAUUAUAGUCAAAGUGUCUUCUGAUAACUUACUGUUUACACAAUAGUCAUGUUUAUUGUGUUGCAAAUUAUAUAUAUGAAACUAUGAUCUUUUUUUGUACAAAUCUGAUCUUGCGUCCAAACUUUUGGCCUGUUGUGUAUACAGAAAAGUCAAAUUAAAGAAACGAGAAAAGGAAAAAAUAAAAGACAAACAAACACAGUAGCCUUGACAUGAAUAAUAACAAUAAUGGUAAAACUGAUAAAAGUGAAUCUAAUAAAAAUAAUAGCACUAGCUAUAGCGAAAGCAAUUACCAUAAUAGUGAUGAUGAAAGAAUAUUAUAUUCAUUAAGUGCUAAAAACAGCAGUGUGGUGAGUCAGCGUUAAAGGUUAUCAGUUGGUUUUAAAAGAAGAAUCAUUAUGACUGUACUGUGUCGAUACUUGAAGCUGAUUGGUCAAAACUCCAUAACAAAAGUCGUCAACUCUCAGAGAUCGCACACGUCUUUCCUCUGCCUGUUGACAUUGUGGUAAAAACUCGAGUUUCCAUUGUUAUCACUUAUUUGUUUAAAAAAGAUGAAUCGUCCCACAGUCAUUCAGAAAAGGUCUCAUGCUCUCUCUCCCCUGACUCCUCCUCCUCCUUCUCUUCUUCUGGUGGUUUCUGUCACUCUUUUGUCAUCUGUUGUUUUUAGUCCUCUGUUCCACAAAGAGCCGCUCCUGUCCACAGCAGACCAGUAUGUGCUUUGUUCCUAGGUGUCCCGUGUGUCGGUACUGCCAAACCCCAGAGCCGGUAGAGGAGAACAAGUGCUUCGAGUGUGGAGUUCAGGAGGUAACAGACAUCAGCUCUCUGUGUUUUCUUCUUCUUUUGUCAAACCACUGCUGCUUUAUGAACCCUCGCUCUCCUGCUGCAGAACCUGUGGAUCUGUCUGAUCUGCGGACACAUCGGAUGCGGUCGCUACGUCAGCCGGCAUGCUUACAAGCACUUUGAGGAAACGCAGCACACUUACGCCAUGCAGCUCACCAACCACCGGGUCUGGGACUACGCAGGAGGUAGGGGGUAAAAAAAAUGAUGUGUUUAUGUUUAGAUGAUUGUGAUUGAAGCCGCUUCGAUCGUCUUUCACCACCAGAGGGCAGGUGUGAACCUGACUGUCAGAGUCUGAUAAUGAAGUCAGCGGUUAGGGUCUCAUCACAAACCCAAGAUUGAAUUUAGACCCUUUUUUUCAAGCAGCUGAAACAUCAGGAUGUCAGGAAACAGGAUGGUUAAGAGGCAGAACUAGGUGGAUGGACUCUGGAAGCUGAAGCUGAUAAAUACUCGUGUGUUUUUGUGAUCUUUGCAUUUGUAGAUAACUACGUUCAUCGACUCGUCGCCAGUAAGACAGACGGGAAGAUGGUUCAGUACGAGUGUGAGGGCGACACCUGCCACGCCGAGAAAAUUGAUGCACUCCAGCUGGAGGUGAGAACUUUUCCUGUUCGUGGUUCCGCUCACCUAUAAAAAAACAGAGGUUUGACAGAGUCGUUUCUUUUAUCUGUGCGUAGUACUCGUACCUGCUGACCAGCCAGCUGGAGUCUCAGAGGAUUUACUGGGAGAACAAGAUUGUUCAUCUGGAGAAGGAGACUGCAGAGGAGGUAGAUGCGACACUUUAGAGCUUUAAAUCUGUGGACGGCUUCACCGAGAGUUUGUGACCUCGCUCUGUGACCUUGUCUGUUUCUUUUCACUCUCCUUUAGAUUAACAAUAUGAAGUCGAAGUUUAAGGAGACUCUGGAGCGCUGCGAUAACCUGGAGCGGCGCUUCGGUGAAAUCAGCAAAGAGAAGCAAGGUUUGGAGAAAAAGUAAGAGAAGAUCAACACUGUCUGUUUCUGCAAACCUCACAUGUAAUUCUCAAACUCUUGGGCACAGUCGUCAGAAUAUCAAGUCAAUUCAGCGCCUGAUUUUCUGAAAUGCCAAACAGAGAAAGAGGAGGGCCUGAAUGUUGUCAAGUUUACUCAACAAAAGCAGCAGAAAAAAAACCAGCUGUUUUUAAAAGGAUGAGAGGAAAGACGGUGAAAAGGCGACUCCUGUACCAUCGCAACAAACCUGAGUUGAUCAGUACGUAAGGAAGGCGGAGACUGUGUUACAGUUUUCUACAAGCUGAUCUAGUCUAAGUUCAGAGAAAUUUGCUUAAUUUAUAGAUGAACGUAGAAAAAUCCUCGAAAACUAAUGAGCAUCAAAAUAACGUUUAAAACACAGAAAGACUAUAAGACAGCUGCAUCGUCCUGAACUCUGAUAAAUUCAUAAAGAUCCUUUUCUCGUUCUCGGUGCAGCAGGACACUCUGUAAGUUCAUGAUCGUAUUUAUGAGUUAAUGAGUUAAAACUGAGUUGAAUUGCAGCGUCAGAGUGUUUUUUAACUCAGAGCUCAUGAUAGGAGAUUAUCUUCGUCUUUCUGUCUCUCUGAGAACUCUGACUGAACUGAGGAUUUCUCAUGGAGACAGAAAGAUGCGUGUGUGUCUGAUUAUGAUGACGGUACGAAAGGUGGUUGUGCUAAGACCUGUUCGAACCCAGAGUUCAGAUCGGCUGGAGACUCUGGAGGGGGGACAGUCAUGGUGUUUCUCCAGGUGUUUCACCACUUUUUGCCUUUCAGGUCAGACUGCAGGUGUGUGAAAAGUUGGUUUAGUGAAAUGGUUUAAAAAAGUUUUGGGCGCACUCCACCUUUAAUUCCUGGCAGAGACAAGCAUCUAAUGACAGAUUUGAGUAAAACUGUCAUUGAUGAGUAAGACGCAUCAUGAACUCACCUGAGUCUCAACUGUCGAGACACGCCAAAUGCCCGGCGGCUCAGAUAGUUCCCAGGAAACCAAACCUCUAACCGUUUUCAGACUUUUCACACCAGAAUCUGAAAAUCCCGCCUCUCUCUUUCUUCUUCACACUCAGGUGCACUCAGCUGAGCGGUAGGGUCAUGAAGUUGGGCCAGGAACUGAAGGAGGAGCAGGAGAUGAACCGCUGCCUGAGAGCCAAUCAGGCUCAGCUUCAGUCUCAGCUGGCCGAGGAGGAACGCAAAGGAAAAGAAAGCGGUGAGCGUGGUCGACCUCGGUCUGACAGUUUCAUGAUGGUCAGAGUUAAAGAUGAGAGACGGUGGAGAGUAUAAAGAUGGGAAGAAACACCUCUGAAGGGUAAAAUUCAACAAGCGGUUCACCAAAGGGUUCUGAUGUGGGUUUGGUUUAGGAAACAAGACCCGGGUUUGAAUCCAGCUGCACUGAGAGUCUGCGGUCUUUAUCCUGUCAUAUUUGCAAAUCACAAACAAAUGAUCUCCAUGCAGAGAGAGAGAAAGAGAGCUUAUGUGUUUGUGUAGAGUCCGUGAGACUGAGAGCUGGAAUCAAACUCUGAGGAGGAUAUCUCUCUGUCUCUAAGACGACCUCAUGGAGGAACAGUCUCCGAGUUUGUUUGUCGUAGAUCAAAGUGUUUGAAAUGACGACAAAAUGACGACAGCGUUCGACCUGCACAUGGAUCGGCCUUUAACCCACUUUACCCGAGGGGCGAUUUAAAUGUCAGCUCAGAGGUCUGGGUGGAAAUUAGAGGUUGAAAGUUUAGACAGACCUGUAUUUUCCCCUCAGAGGAGGAGGAGAGUUUAAACAAAUAUUCUGCUCUGCACGAACUCCUUAUCGACAACAUUUGAGGUCUGAAUCACAGCAGCUCUGCUGUUCUUCAUGUUUUAAGGUCAAACUUCUCUUACUCGGCUCUUUACAAGGAGAGAUUUGAUAUUUCAGUGGGAAUAUUCCUGAUCUGACUGAUCCGAAAAAAUACACAAAACUGGGAAAAAACAGAAAAAUGGAAGAAUGAUCCUUUUUUAGCUGAGUAACAAGUCUUCGUUUUGAAUUAUUCAGCACUUUUAAGGGAGAUUUGUAUAAAAUGUUGUCUAGACAAAGCUGUGAUAUUGGUUUUCUUCUGGUUCCAGUACAAACUUGACUGAAGUCCCAGUUAAUAAUACUCAUUCAGAGUCAACACAUGUUUUUUUUUAAGAGGAAAGGAUGAUUAAAAAAAGAGUUAAGACCUGAGAGGAAUCAAGAGUGUUUAAUUAACCAGGAUGAUUGUUUCUGGACUGUGGAGGAGCCCCUACUUUGGUUCAUUCAUGAAAAGGGCGUGGCUUUAAGUUACAGUCUCUUUAAGAGAGCGCACAGCUGUGUAGUCCAGGUGGGAAUGCAGAGAGCUGUGUGGUUUUCACAGCAUGUCCACGUCUGUUUGUUUGUUUUUCAGGUCUCAUCCUGCAGUUUUCCCCUGUGGUUCCGUAUAGGGCUGGGCGAUGAACUGAAAAUUUACCGAUACCGAAAUUUACGACAAUAACUGACACCAUUUUGCCCAUGUCAAUAUAUUCGGUGUCAAAAAAAUAAAUAAAUCAAAAUUGGUUUGGGUUUUGUGUGUAGGUAGGCUGUGGUCUCACGUCCCUUUAAGAUGCUGUCUUAUGUCAGAGUUGUGACUUCACCCCAUCCAGUCUGUAACAAAGAGGAAAAGACAGGUGAGGAAAUGGAGGACGGUUCAAAAGUUGUAGCUGCUGAAGUAGACGAAGUUAAAGUGGGAGGGGUUGAGCAGCUUGCAGAGUAGUUAUCGCCCAUUUAUCGUUAUCGAGGUGAACUGAUCAAUAUUUCGUGAUAUUGAUUUGAGGCCAUAGCGCCCAGCCCGACACUCACACCGAGCUGACAGAGAAUUUAAAGUCUUCAAUCUUGUCUUUGUCUCAUUAGUGAAGAGCAUUUUGUCCUCGAAAGCUCUUUUGAGGAACUUCCUGUUUCGUUUCACCUCCUCUCUUAUCAAAGCAGAGCCUCUUAUCUUCUCCUCUUUACAUGCAGGAGUAAUUUUAAAAAAGAGGAAGUCACCUCUUUUUGUCUCUCAACACUCACAUGAAUCUCUGUCUGUCGGAAACUUUGUUGAAUCUGUUUUUUCAGCUCAGAGAGAGUCUAAUGUUUUAAUCUGAGUUCUCUGUUUUUCCUCUCAGGCGAGUGUAAAGACGGGACGAUAGCGGAGCUGCAGGAGCAGCUGAGAGACGUCAUGUUUUACUUGGAGGCGCAGCAGCAGAUCGAACACCUUCCCCCGGAGGCUCGUAAUGAAAUCCAGGAAGGACAGAUCAACAUAGGGGCGAGUCCGGCUGAUGGGUCUCUGGGCCCGGCUGGAGCAGGCACCUCCUCCGUCAGAGGCCGGAGAGGCCGCGGCAGGAAGAGGAAGUAGGCGGGGGUUUAGAAUCUACUGGAACACGCUAGAGAGAAGCGCCGCCUCUCAGUUUGGACAUGUUUACAGCUGUUCACAUGUUUCUUCUUCAUCAUCAUCCUAGAAAACACUCAGAGGAGGAACGAAAACUCAGAAAAAAACACUCCUGAAGACCAGAGAGAGUCCAACACUGAUAUUUACCCGCACAGUUUCCAUCAAACCAUCAUGUAGCUUCACCUGAAAAAGAAGAAAGAAAACUUUUCUGCUGUUUCCAGAUCUAAGAAGGAGUUUCUAUUUUGAUCAUAAGUUAUUGAUGUGAUCAGAAUAAUGUUCAUUUAACCCUUUAAGAGUCGAUCUUAUCACAGUCUUUAUAUUUCUUUAACAUGUAGGAGCCGAAAGAGAGAGAAGAAGAAGCUUGUACAUGAAUGUUUAUAUUUAAAGAGAAAAUUAUGAACGAGUGUUGUCAUGUCUGCUUUUUAUUUCUGCAGUUUUAUAAGCAAAUAAGAAAAACUCAGGAGGAGUGAAACACCGAAAUCUGAAGGGGGACAGUCCAGGGACAGAGUUGAGACAGGAGCCAGAGCAGACCCCAGCAGAGUCAGGUAGUCUGUAGGGAGGAGCAGGAAGCACGUUUACCCUUUCACCUGUAGGUCAGUGAUUCUUCAGAUACAGGUGUUACUACAGCAGCAUAAACCACCUGAGGGGAUUAUUCACAUCAUCUCCUCUAUCUUAUAAACUAAAAAUAUUCCCGAUCAUUUGCAUCGGAGAGGAAAAUAAAGAGGAUUUGUUUUGCAAAUUGCGGCGAAGCUUCUGUGUAUUUAUAGUUCCAGUGAGCGGUAAACUUCCAGCUUCUGAAACAGCAGAAACACAGCUCUUGUCAAUCUGAAGCAGCCGCCUGUGUCACUCUCUAAUGUGAGCCGUAUGUUUUGACCCAGAUUACAGUUUCAUAUUUUCUUUUUCUUUUUUUUUUUUGUGAGUAACAUCUGUGUUCCCACAACAAAGCAGAGACAUAGAAACACUUCACAGUCGCCGCCGCCGCCUCCUCGCUCUGGCAGAGAAACCACACGAGGGUGACGUCACCUUCAGAGAGUUUUUCCAGGCGCUCUUACUCAAAUCCAGAUCAUUAAACCAACAAAAACUGAGGAAUUAUUGGAUAGAGAGGGCAAAGAAAGGAAAAGUCAGCUGGUUUAACAGACUUUCUCUUUAACUCUUAUCUGUAAAAAACAGCAAAGUUUUCUCAUCACUGAUUGACUGCAUGUAAAAAUGGACGACAUGCUCCCAUCUGCCCAUUGUGGGGAAAAAAAGUGAAGCCAAAAUUCAGCUACAGUUGGAGGUAAAAUAGUGUUUUUGGAUUCUUCACACAAAUUGGGUCAACCAAUAAAACCUCAAAGAUCCAUCAGGUGGGUCCACAAGAAACAGAUCUUAAUUUAAAAUAAGAUUUAACAAAAGAAACAGGAGCCGUAUCAGAGAAAACUGGAAAAACCACGUUUCAUCUGUUAACAUGGAGGAGGCAGACUUUUCCCACCUCCUCUACUUUAGUCACCUGUGUGUCAGACCCCCUCAGCAGGUUAGGACUUCAGGAGAAGAACCGGGGUCUGGUCCAGACUUUAAGAUUUCAGCCUGUUCUGGGUUUGUUUAAGUUAAACAAAUCCUCUUUAAAUACCUCGUCCAUCAUGAGUGGAGUGUGAACAGCUGUUCGUGUCACGUUUUCAGACAUAUACCUUCCUGUUUAUGGUGUACGCCUCAACUUCUGUCCUGUAAACAAAGCAGCAUCUUGUUUUGAAAACAGGAAAUCAAGCUGUGACCUUCAGGGUCCUGAAUGGCCUCUUUUAGCUGACCUCACUGAUAUUCUGAGACUCUGCUGAAAUCUUUUUCUGCUGUCUAACCUCCAGGACAGUUUCAUGAUUAAUAAAACGAUCUUUUUGGUGAACUAGUGAGGAACAAAGUGAGACAUUUAGUAGGUCACACCAUGGGAACUAGCUUUCACACCUUCUGAAUCGAGCUAAAAUUAGAAAGUAUUGGUUUUUGCAGCUUUAAUUCUGAAUGAGUCUGCAGGAGUCUGUCUGACUUUGACUUUGCGGCUGUUUUCUUCAGUGACUGAUCUCCUGCAGUAGAAAGAGUUUACUCACAGCAGUCUGUUCAACAUAAACUAUGUACAGACAAUGAGCUGAUGAGCCGCACAGAAGGAAGCAGCUCUGACUUCCUCUUUAGAAACUCUAUUAGAGACCAGACCGCUUCCUUUUCGCAUCAUCAGCACUGAUAUUGAUCUACCAUCGAUCAUGAGGUCAGAUCAUAAAUCAUAAAUGGAGGAUGAUGAAACGAGUUUGAACAGGUUUAUUUAUUCGUUUCUUUUUUGACCUUUAAUUAAUCCACUAUUGUUUUUUCAGUUUAUUUUUUACCUGAGUAUAAUCCAAACACUGUCCCACGCCUCUUUGUCUCAUGUUAUUCUCUCUAGUGCAGCCCUUUUAUGGCCCCGCCCAUACGCCAAAGCCC